GAGUUUGUGACAUUUUGUUAUGUGAUGUCUGUGCCUGUGCUUUUCAUCUAAAAAUACUUGCUGUAUGUAUUGAUUGUAAUUUGUGUUAUUUCUAAAAAAUAAAAAACAAAUGCGUUACGCAUAAAAUAAGUAAGCGAAGGCGGAAUCAAUAAACAUUGUGUUUUGUGUCAAAAACGUGAAACAAUGUUGUCUCGGUACUUCCUGCCGUUCCUGUUACUCCUGACGCCAAACAUUUUGGUGAUAUUCCUGUGCGCGACGGUCCACAGCCACAGCGUGGACAACAACGAGCGGGAGGAGGACGGAGCGUACCGGCCGCGGGACCACGACCAUUAUAACGAUGUUGAGCACAACGUCGAGUUCGACCACGAAGCGAUUAUAGGUAGUGUAAAGGAAGCGGAGGAGUUUGAUCGGCUCAGUCCAGAAGAGUCACGGCAGCGGCUGCAGAAGCUGCUCUACAGGAUGGACCUCAACGGAGACCAAUUCAUCAGCAGGCCAGAGCUCAAAAAGUGGAUCCUGAACUCUUUUAUCAACCUCUCUAAGGAGGAGGCAGAGGAGCGCAUGUCAGAGGCGGACGAGAACCGCGACGGCAUCGUGACGUGGCAGGAGUACGUGCGCGACACCUUCGGCGUGGACGGCGACGACCUCGACGCGACCGACGACGCCGACGCCGGCAUGAUGCUCCAAGAGAAAACGAUGUGGCAGGCGGCAGACAUAGAUGGCAAUGGAGUUCUCAAUUUUGAGGAAUUUUCUGUGUUCACGAACCCCGAGGAGCACCCGCAGAUGCACGCGCUGCUGGUGAACCAGACGCUGCGCGAGCGCGACGCCAACAACGACAGCGUGCUGGACUUCGGCGAGUACGUCGGCGACCGCGGCGUGCAGCAAGACAAGGAGUGGGUGCUCUCGGAGCGGGACAAGUUCGAGCACGAGCUGGACUCGAACCGGGACGGCGUGCUGGACGCGGCCGAGGUGCACCGCUGGGUCAUACCCGACAACGGCGAAAUAGCAGAUGACGAGGUGGAGCACUUGUUCGCGGCGGCCGACGACGACCACGACGGUGCGCUGUCGUUCGCCGAAGUACUCCGACACCACGACGUGUUCGUGGGCAGCGAGGCUGACUAUGACCACGACCACGAUCGUUUCGACGACGAGCUGUAAACGACUUCCGACAAGCUGUGAUCAAUAUCCGACGACUCGCCUACAUACACCUUAACUAAUGCAUAAGACUCACUGGCAGAAAGUUUCCAACGGCUUUUUCUGACAACUGACCACGAUUUAAAAAAAGUUGCCUAAAGAAAAAAGGCCUUUACUACCUGGAUGGACGCUAACUUAUCGGAUGGUUGGGUAAAAACAUUAUUGAAAUGAAUAUUUACAAAUACUUUUGCGUAUACAAUGUAUUUUUUGGACUGCCAAUCUAUACUAAUAUUAUAAAGCUGAAGAGUUUGUUUGUUUGAUUCAACGCGCUAAUCUCUGGAACUACUGGUCCGAUUUGAAAAAUUCUUUCAGUGUUAGAUAGCCCAAAAAAUCUUUCAGUGUUAGAUAGCCCAUUUAUCGAGGAAGGCUAUAUAUUAUCCCUGUAUUCUUACGGGAACGGGAACCACGCGGAUGAAACCGCGCGGCGUCAGCUAGUAAUUUAUAAACAUAAGUUUGAUUGUUAUAAUGCAUGUAACGGUUAUCCCUCGAUAAAAAACACGAUCAAUGUCAAGGUACACCUUUAAUACAACUGCGCCUUCGUUGGAGAGGACCACCCUACAUAAAACGAACUGUAAGUUUAUACACAAAUGCGCUGGGUCACCUUACCACUAAAUAUCCGAAGCCGAAGACUUUCCGGAAUGUGUUGACUGUAUCUUUUUUGUAGCUUACGAUUUUUCAACGCACUACCGUCGUUAAACCGUAAAAAAAUAUUAAAAUUAAUUACCGAUAUGUCACGACUAAGUUAUACACGACUCGUUUUUAUUGUGAAGUACCUAUUGAACUAGAGCCGUGAUAGCCCAGUGGAUAUGACCUCCGCCUCCGAUUCCGGAAAGUGUGGGUUCGAAUCCGGUCCGGGGCACGCACCUCCAACUUUGUAGUUGUGUGCAUUUUAUGAAAUUAAAUAUCAAGUGUCUCAAACGGUGAAGGAAACAUCGUGAGGAAACCUGCAUACCAGAGAAAUUUCUUAAUUAUCUGCGUGUGUGAAGUCUGCCAAUCCGCAUUGGGCCAGCGUGGUGGACUAUUCGCCUAACCCCUCUCAUUCUGAGAGGAGACUCGAGUUCAGCAGUGAGCCGAAUAUGAGUUGAUAAUGAACGAAUGACCUAUUAAACAUUGUAGAGUAAAUUUUUCUUUUCCCUAAGAAAGAACCUUCUAGGGCGUACGUAGAACAAUUUACCUAAAUCGCAGCGCGGUCGGAUGUUUGAUGAACGCAUAGAAGUCAAGCAUAGAAUAUACCUACAUAGAAUAUUACAUUAGUAAUAAGAAUUUUAUUUAUGUUGAUACCUACGUUUUCUUUAAUUAUUAAGUUUAAUGUUGUAUCUGCAUCUUAGUAAUUAAGUUUAUAUUAUUUUCAGUAUCUGAAAUUUUGUCUAAUUAAGUAAAUAGAUAAUUUGGUACAAAUGUUAUAUUAUUAUUUAUUGUCAUUGUUUGCGUACAAUUUAUAUUUUUAAGAUACCUACGAAAAAAUUGUAUCCAUAAACAUCUAAAAACCAGUUUAAAGUACUUAUUAGUAGUCAUAUUAAUAAUAAUAGGUAGUUAUUUUGAAAAACAGGCUUACGAAAAGAUAAUAAUUUAGUUGGGUACAUAUACGAUAUUGUUGGGUUGGUAAAAGUCUAUGCCAGUCGAACAUUGUUUUGCCUCUAUAAAUGUAAUAAGAUUAUUAUUAUUCUGUCUGUUCAGCUUAGCUAUAACUCAAAAAUGCAAUUUAUACAUUAUUUUCAUAAAGUUCAUAAUACAAGACAGAAGCGAUUACCAAACCCAACACUCAUACUAGAUUUGAUAUUUAGAAUAUUUUCUGCAGAUGUUGUUUUCACUCAAAAACCUUUCAUCAGAGGCUUUUUUAAUGUUUUAUACAUAUAUUUUGUUUAUACCUUAGAAUGGACUGUAAAAUAAAUGUUAUGUUACUUACAUUGAAUUUUCCUAGUCAAAUAAUAAAUGGAUAUUUACGAAA